AUGAUCGAUAAGGGCGGAAACUGACUCAUAGGCCACGCCGAAUCUCCCGCGCACGCAGCCAUUUGCUUCCUCUCUUCGUUCGACGCCACUGGGUCAUUGACAACUGCCAUUAUCCAGUAGUUUGCAAACAUGUCGCUUGAUGGUACUGCAGUGGCUGUUUUUAAGCUUGUGCUAGUGGGUGAUGGAGGCACCGGUAAAACAACGUUUGUGAAGAGACAUCUCACAGGAGAGUUUGAAAAGAAAUAUGUUGCUACUCUGGGAGUGGAGGUGCACCCGCUGGUUUUUCACACCAAUAGAGGAGCCAUCCGGUUUAAUGUGUGGGACACAGCUGGUCAGGAGAAGUUUGGAGGUCUGAGAGAUGGCUACUACAUUCAAGCCCAGUGUGCCAUCAUUAUGUUUGACGUCACCUCGCGAGUCACCUACAAGAAUGUGCCCAACUGGCAUCGCGACCUGGUGCGCGUGUGCGAAAACAUUCCCAUCGUGCUCUGUGGUAACAAGGUCGACAUCAAAGAUAGGAAAGUCAAAGCCAAAAGCAUCGUCUUUCACCGCAAGAAGAACCUGCAGUAUUAUGACAUUUCUGCCAAGAGCAACUACAACUUUGAGAAGCCUUUCCUGUGGCUAGCAAAGAAAUUAACUGGGGAUCCUAACAUGGAGUUUGUGGAAAUGCCUGCUCUCGCUCCCCCAGAAGUUGCGAUGGACCCAGCCAUGGCUGCAAAGUAUGAGGAGGAGCUUCAAGCUGCGUCAAAUACAGCACUCCCAGAGGAAGAAGAUGACCUCUAACAUGUUCCGAGUCUCCUUUCCUCUCCCUCUGUGGAAGUCAAGUUGUUGGAAUCCCCCCCCCCCCCCCCCCAAAUAACUGUAAAACCCUUGAGAUUUUUGUUUUAUUUUUGAAUUAUUUUCGUCUUAAAACUCAGUUUCGAAAAAGCAAAUCUCGGUGGGAAAAGUUGAAUUUCACUGUAUAGACACCAUCCACCUUAGUGUUGUUAGCAUGAGAUGCUUCUCUUUGUUGAGCACCAUCCACUGCACUUAGCCAGCUUGUAAUGCUGUUGUACGGUGUGUUGGAAACGAUAAAGGAGGAAAGCUUGAAUAAAAACAUUCUCAAUUAAUGUUCACUUUUCUUUCGGGGGGCGGCAUUGUGGUGUCAUUAUCAGAAGAAUAGCUUUUCAGUGCUAGAUGAAGCCCAGGAUUGCCACAUGGCGUUUUAUAUUGGAGCAAUUUAAGUACGUUUUGGUAAAUAAGGGGGGGGAAACAAAGUAUGGAUGUUACACUCAAUGUUAAUGUCAGCCUGGCUCACAAACGUUCUUUAGCCUGUUUUCCCUAACCCCCAUGUACAAUAAAAAGUAAAAAUAAAAACUGUACAGUUCAA